GCCCUGCCGGGAGUUGGAGGGGGAGAAACCUUCCAGGGAGAGCGAGAAGAGGGGGAGGUAUUUGCGUGUGUCUUUACUCUCAACCACUUAAACCGGACACACACUCCAAUUCAAUUCGACUUUAUAGCCUCCUUAUGCGGCUUUUUGGGCACCGCUUUUCUACGCGGUGCUAACUACGAAUGAUGCUCCGCUACUAAGACCCUGAAAACUUACGUGAUUCUAUUUGAUAUUUUUCUUUUUUCUUAGUUCCCUGUGGUAGCAAGAGGCUGCCCUUGGCGCUGUGCGGAUCUAUUGGUUGGAAUCGGAUUGCGCAUCGCCAGAAGGAAGAUUAUCAAUGAAGUGAGCGUUUUCUCCUGGGAACUUAAUCGUUCUGUUAGUCCAGUUUGGGAUGAGUCCCCUUUUGUAACCCCUCGCCUGUUGACAAGCAGUUUAAAAAACAUACACACAUUCGUUCACCAAAAAGCGGACGUAAGAUGUCUUCGCCGAGGUUUAAAAAGGAUAAAGAAAUCAUCGCGGACUACGAGAGUCAAGUGAAAGAGAUCCGGUCCCAGUUAGUGGAGCAGCAGAAAUGCAUGGACCAGCAGACAGACAUGAGGGUCCAGCUGCUGCAGGACCUUCAGGAUUUCUUCCGGAAGAAGGCAGAGAUUGAGAUGGAAUACUCCAGAAACCUUGAGAAACUGGCUGAACGCUUUAUGGCCAAGACUCGCAGCACAAAGGACCACCAACAGUACAAAAAAGACCAGAAUCUACUGUCCCCUGUUAACUGUUGGUACCUGCUGCUGAACCAGGUGAGAAGGGAGAGCAAGGACCACGCAACUCUAAGCGACAUCUACCUGAACAAUGUCAUCAUGAGGUUCAUGCAGAUUAGUGAGGACUCCACACGACUACUUAAGAAGAGCAAGGAAAUUGCAUUUCAGCUCCAGGAAGACUUAAUGAAGGUCCUUAAUGAGCUAUACACGGUGAUGAAGACCUACCACAUGUAUCACUCAGAGAGCAUUAGUGCGGAGAGCAAACUGAAGGAGGCAGAAAAACAAGAGGAGAAGCAGAUUGGUAGGGGAGAUCCAGUUUUCAGCAUCCGCAUGGAGGACAAAUACCAGAAGCGCAACUCUGUGAAGAAGAUUGAGAAGAUGAAGGAGAAGCGUCAAGCCAAAUAUUCAGAGAACAAGUUGAAGUCCGUCAAAGCACGAAAUGAGUACCUCUUGACACUGGAAGCCACCAACUCGGCUUUUUACAAGUACUACAUUCAUGAUCUGUCGGACCUAAUCGAUUGCUGUGAUUUGGGAUACCAUGCCAGUUUGAAUCGAGCCUUACGGACUUACCUGUCAGCUGAAUACAACCUGGAGACGUCUCGCCAUGAGGGUCUUGACAUCAUUGAGAAUGCGGUAGACAGCCUGGACCCAAGAAGUGACAGGCAAAGGUUUAUGGAGAUGUUCCCUACGGCCUUCUGUCCUCCUUCAAAAUUUGAGUUUCAGUCUCACAUGGGUGAUGAGGUGUGUCAGAUCUCAGUGCAGCCACCAGUGAUUGGAGAGCUAAUACUGAGGUUCCAGCAGUUGCAGUCACGCCUGUCUACUCUGAAGAUUGAAAAUGAAGAGGUGAAAAAAACAUCGGAGGCCACUCUCACCACCAUUCAGGACAUGGUGACCAUUGAGGAUUAUGACGUCUCGGAGUGCUUCCACCACAGCAGAUCCACAGAGUCGGUCAGAUCCACUGUUUCAGAGACUUACCUCAGCAAACCGAGCAUUGCGAAGAGGAGGGCCAACCAGCAGGAGACCGAGCAGUUCUACUUUAUGAAAUUCCGUGAGUUUCUGGAGGGCAGCAAUCUCAUCUCCAAACUGCAGGCCAAACACGAUUUGCUGAAGAGGAUGAUUGGUGAAGGCCACAGAGCUGACUACAUGACCACAAGACAUCCCAAUGGGCUGUUCAAAACCCACACUGGCACCAGGCGGGCUAGACCCCGCUCUGUUUUUAAUGUUAGGUUAUUUAAUGGAAAUAUGGAGUCGUAUAUCAAGGACUCUGGGCAAGCUAUUCCUCGCGUGGUUGAAAGCUGCAUUCGUUACAUAAAUUUGUAUGGUCUCCAGCAUCAAGGAAUAUUUCGGGUAUCUGGUUCCCAGCUGGAAGUCAACGACAUUAAAAAUUCAUUUGAAAGAGGAAAUGAUCCUCUGAUAGACGACGAGAGUAAUCAUGACAUCAACUCGGUGGCAGGCGUGCUUAAACUCUACUUCCGUGGCCUGGAGAACCCUCUUUUCCCCAAGGACAGAUUCAGUGAACUGCUGUCCUGCAUCCGAAUAGAUAAUCUGUACGACAGAGCACUGUUCAUUCGGAAGAUCCUCCUGACCAUUCCAAGAUCAGUCCUUGUUGUGAUGCGCUACCUCUUUGCGUUCCUCAACCACUUAUCUCAGUAUAGUGACGAGAACAUGAUGGAUCCGUACAACUUGGCCAUUUGCUUUGGCCCUACACUCAUGCCCACACCGGAGAGCCAGGACCAAGUCUCCUGCCAGGCCCACGUCAACGAGAUCAUCAAGACCAUCAUCAUUCACAAUGAGACAAUCUUUCCAGAUGCCAAAGAACUGGAUGGGCCAAUCUAUGAAAAGUGCAUGGCAGGAGGAGAUUAUUGUGAGAGUCCCUACAGUGAGCAUGGGGUACUGGAGGAGGUUGACAAUGAGGGAGGCACAGAAGCACACACCAGUGAGGAUGAGGGCGAGCCUAUCGAAGCCAUUGCCAAGUUUGAUUACGUUGGGCGCUCUUCAAGAGAAUUGUCCUUCAAGAAGGGUGCCUCACUGCUGCUCUACCAGCGGGCGUCAGAAGACUGGUGGGAGGGGCGACACAACGGCAUAGACGGCCUGGUGCCACACCAAUAUAUCGUGGUCCAGGACAUAGAUGACAACUUCUCGGACACGCUGAGCCAGAAGGCUGACAGUGAGGCCAGCAGCGGCCAUGCCUGCGAGGAUAAAUGCUCAGGAAAAGACAUCAGUUCACCCACUGACACUAGGAUCUCAGAGGCCUUCAUCACCAGGCACAGAAAACGAUUGGACCCGCCGUCCCGCCGCCCCCCUGCCCGCCCUAGUGACAUCCACUGCAUGCUGCAUACCUCUCAGCAAGGUCAUCCCGUACAUGGGAACACUCCCGAGACAGGCUCCCCAGUUCUUGGCCACUUCAGCCCGCGCGACAUUCUCCGGAGCCGUAACCAUUUACCCGCAGACAGCCCAGAGCGUCGGCGCCGAACCGGCCACGGCAGCCUGACUAACAUCAGCCGGCACGAGUCCCUAAAGAAGAUGGAAAGCCCACCCAUUCGUCGCUCCACCUCGUCGGGCCAGUACACGGGUUUUAGUGAAGCCCACCACCAUCAUCACCACCACCACCACCACGGUGGCAAGCCCCUGGACCCGGAGACCAUUGCACAGGACAUCGAAGAAACCAUGAACACUGCUCUAAAUGAGCUACGGGAAUUGGAGCGCCAGAGUUCGGCCAAGCACGCCCCUGACGUGGUGCUGGACACCCUGGAACAGAGACAAGCCCCGGGUGGCGGCGUGGGUCCCACGCCGGCCAGUUCCAGCGAGUCUCUGGGCCCCCCCAUCCACGGUGUCAUGCUGAGGUCCACCGCCAACACAGAGCCACCGUUUCGCCGCAGUGCCGGCUCGACCAACGACAGCGUGAGCACCUUCAAACCCGCCGUGGCGCCCCGCAUGGGCGUGCAGCUCAAGCCGCCCGCUUUGAGACCCAAACCGAUGGUCCUGCCCAAGUCCGGCCAGGUAUCACAGCCUCCUGUCAUGUCAUCUCAAGAUUCUCUGGACAAAUCCUGCACCAUGUAAUGUUUGGGAUGCAAAAGAAGCAGCAUCUUCCACUGGGGCAUGCGACAGAAACUGUAGGCUCCCCACCACUGCUCUGUAGAAUAAAAUCACAGUCCUGAAGUUUGAAAACUAAUGUGAAGUUUAGAAUAGACAAAACACAAAAGCUUCUCUGAGUGCUGUAUCAUUGGAAAAAAAACACUACACAAUGAACUGCGUCACAUGAUACGAUUUGCAUAGAUGUCUUAAAAAUCUGUAUUACUCACAGAAAAUGGGUGAACAUUUGCAGUCAGAAGUCAAAUUAUGUUCACCCAUAAAGACUUUUGUGGAUUUUAGCUUCAUCCUAAAAUUUCACCUGUUAGCCAAUUUAUUGCUAACUUUUGUGAGUACUGUACAUGAAAUAGAAUAUGCACACAAUAUGAUGUGGAAUGCUAAUUUGUAGCUUAGUUGGCAUCCUAGCCAAAGACCAAUUGAAGCAUGGAUGUGGACCUUCUAAUGGAUUGAUGUAUGUACUCUAGUUCCUCUUCAUGGAGACUCUCAGGAGUGCUAUGUAGACCUAAAAAAAAAGGACUUGCUUGUCAAGAUCACAAACACUUGAUGUGUGACAACAAGGAGUUGAAGUCUCUCGUGUCAAUGUGUGCGAUUGUCAUGUAUAGUUCUGUAUUUAAAUCUCAGUAGUGAUUUGGGCGAAUGUUGAAAAUGUAGCCAACAUUAGAACACUACAAACCAUUUAAGAGUGAAUUUGCAGGUUUACGCUGUCAGUGGAUCGACAGACAUUGUGUAUCUAUAUUCGUGAAAAUCUGAAUACCUAGUUUUACUAACGCUCAUUAUUUUUGUAAUCAUUUUUGGUUUCCGAGUAGAUCUGACUAGAGAGCAAACAAUGUAGAGUAAGCAAAACAUCCCUGUGGACAAGUGUGCUUUCCUCAUACGGUAAUAAUAUCGUAAAAUGUACUUGUGAAAGUGCCUUUGAAGAUGUUUCUGGACACGUAUGCAUUCAGUUGUCAUGUGCUGUGAGGACACGCGACAAUAUUUUAGAACUGAGCAGCUCACCCACUGCACAUCGAUGUAUGUAAAUGUAGAUAAGGCAUGUAUGUGACAGCAUAACCGAGAUGCUUGAGGGAUUAUGAACCUCAAAGGAUUUCUUUCUAAUAAAUGAAAUAGUUUGCCCAGUC